AUGAACGCCAUACCUUCCAGCUCGAUUGGUAUCCAGAAGCUGCGAUCCUUCGCCAAGGAGAAGCGCCGGAUCGAAGAACAGGAGGAGGAGCUCGAGGAGGACAAGGAUCGCUCCUUCUUCUCGCUGAGGAAAUGCCGUGUGCUAGCCGAUGCCAAGCGCCUGCAUUCGCUGGUCGCGCUCCACGAUCGCUCCCAAGAACCCUACCUCCACAAUCUCGUCGUGCAAAUGUAUGGCCGAUGCGGCAGCACGCGCGACGCGAUCGCGGCCUUCGAAGAUAUUCGCGACAAGAAUCUCUUCUCCUGGAAUAUCGUCCUUGGGGCGUGCCUGCGCAGCGGCGAUGGAUUGGCGGCGCUGGAGCUCUUCUGGAGAAUGGAUUGCGAUGGAUCCGUGAGGCCAAACCGGAUCACGCUCCUCUGCGUCGUCCGCGCUUGCUCGAUCCUGCCCCAGUCCGCUAGAAUCCGGCGGAUUCUAGAAGCCGUCCACUCCAGAUGUGGCAGUGAUGUCGCUGUGGUGAAUUCCCUGCUCACGAUCUAUGGCCGCUGGGGAAGAUUAUCGGAUGCCAUGGCGAUAUUUCGGCUCCUGGGCAAGAACCGAGACCAAAUCUCCUGGACUGCGAUGAUCACUGCGUAUGCCCAGCACGGGCAUCCAUCCGACGCGCUGGACCUCUACCGACGGAUGGAUCCCAGGCUGAUCGACAAGACCGCAUUGAUCAGCGUUCUUGGCGCCUGCUCCAAUCUUGGAACCCCAGGGCUCUCCCAGGGCAAGCAAGCGCACGCCCUGAUCUCUUCCCGCGCCUACGACCAAAUCGGCGACGCUGUGACGAGCAACGCGCUCAUCAGCAUGUAUGCCAAGUGCGGAAGCCUCGCCGACGCCAAGGCCGUCUUCGAUCGAAUCCCCCGCGCGAUUAGAACUGUCGUCUCCUGGAACAGCAUAAUCCAGGCCUACGCGCUCGCCGGACGCUUCGAUCAAGCCCUGGAGCUCUACCGCGCCAUGGAUCUCGCCAAGAACGACGUAACAUUCGCCACUGUGCUUGGCGCUUGCUGCUCGCUAGCCGACGCCCAAGACAUCCACGGGCAUAUUCUCCAUAGCCAGCGCCAACGCGAGCCUCUCACCGGUACGGCACUGGUCCAAGCGUACGGCAGGGUGGGCGAGCUACCGCGGGCCGCCGCGGCAUUCCGCGACAUCCGCACAAAAACUACGGUCACUUGGAACACGCUGCUGGCGGCAUAUUCCAACCGUGGUCACGUAACCGUGGUAGCCACUCUCUUUAGAGAGAUGAGCUUGGAAGGCAUACAAGCCAAUGCAGUGACUUUCACAGCCUUGGACGAGCUGGAGAGCUCGAUCGAGCUCAAGACUUGA